AUGACGGAAAGAAGGCAACUGAAGGGGGAAUCAGCGGAGCCUGCAAAAAGUUCGCAGAUGUUGAAAGACUCCCGCGCAAAAUCUGAAGCGAACCUUUUGUUUUUGGAACCCCGUCUCUUUCAUCCCGGAAGGAAAACAAGAAUAAGUCGGGAUUUGCGUCAGCGCACAAAAGGAAAGCAGACCGGAAUUGACCCACUUGUGUGCCACCUUGCCCACACAUUGUUGAGACGCGCGCCGCAAUUUUUUCGGCUGUGCGUUUUCUGGAAAGGAAAAGAAAAAAGUGACAGGCCAACUUCGCGCUGGGAAAUUUGCGCAUCGGCCGCAUACAUGAGCGUCAGGGACAAAUGA